AUGGAUAGUAGUGCCGGACUCCUUGACCUGCCAGACGAUCUGCUCAAGGUCAUUGUGGAAGUUUACGUCAAGCUCGCGCCUCCGACAAUAGGGCGGCGUGCGGGCUGGCUGACUUUGACCUGGAUCUGCCGGCGACUGCGGUAUGUCGUCUGCGGCAUGCCCCGGCUCUUUGCAGAGCACUAUACAGAGUAUCCCGGGGCGCAGGAAGUCUUUCGAACCCGCUCCGGGGAUGUACCUCUGUGGUACCACUUAACACCGUUGAUGCCUCGGAUGCGCUCCAAUCCACCUCUGCGUGAUGACAAGGAGAUCCGCCGCAUGACCCUCAUUCGCCAGUCCGCCGAUUUCGCCUCUUGUUCGCAGAUCUGGAUACUCAGGCGCGGAGACGUGACGGAACAUCUGAAGCGCCUGGUGUUGUACACCUCUCUGACAGCGCUAGAAGAAAUACGCGCGUCCGUAGAGUACGAACAGCACAACGCAUAUAGCUUCAUCAGGGAGGUCAACCACCCGUCGUUCGAUGGUCGCCUGUGGGCCCCUAAGCUUCUGCGCGCAUAUUUCGACUCCUGCUGGUUGCCCAUCGUGGCGUUCGGCCUGCGCGUCCUGUCCAUAACCUGGGACGACGAAGCCAAUACGCCCCGCCCGCAUGCUUUGGCCAUAUAUUACGGCCUUCUUAUGCGCCACAAGGACACGCUUGAAGAUCUAACUCUCAGCGAUGCCCUUGACUCGCCUCCGGCACCAAAUGACGUAGCGAGCUUCAUAGCCAAACCGAGCUUCGACGAAGUACGGCUUCCUAAUCUUCGCCGCUUGGUGUUGUCUGGCUGCGCGCUCUCUUACAUGCGCCUCUUGGGCGCUCUUGUGGUGCCCCCGACGACAACAGUACAGUUAUUUUUGGACUGCGAACUGCUGCCAGACCUGGCUUCGUCACUUCCUCUGGCGGUGAUGACGCUGCUUGCUCGUCUGCCGGUCCCGACGAGCGCUAUCAGCGCAGUUAAGGUUGUCAUGGUCCAGACCGAGGACGGGCUACUAGACAUCCUUGUUUCUGGCUACGUGUUACCACUCGACGAGGUUCGUCUAGGGCGUUGGUAUCGCCCAAAGGUUGAUGAGCCUGCGGUGUGCCUGGGUUUACUGGGGUUGGACUCGGACGCAGUGGAGUGGGUGGACGAGAUUGCGCCCAUUCUGCGUAAGCUGGCUGCGGGUGUCAUCGUCGAGGGCGUCGCGUUUGACUUUCCGGAUUGGUGCUACACGGACGAUGAGGACUGGGCGCAGCUGUUUGGGUGUCUUCCGGGAGUACGUACAGUGCGGUCGGUAGACCGCAUACUAGAGGCGAUUGCGGACACAGAAGAUGCGGGUUUGGUAGCACUCAGCCAACGUCUAGCGCACUGUAGUGGUACUACGUUCUGA